GAUUGCUGUUGCGGGUGCACGGUAGGUAUAGACCACAAUUUGUGCUUGUCCCUAGGGGCAAACACAAAUCAAUAUGGGGGAACCAAGAGCUGUCAAAAAUGUAAGCACUUUUUAUCUUUGGGCAAUUUUAGGAUCAAGGGGAAUAGUCAAGAAACAAACUGGAGCAUCAAAUGCCUCGACGUUAACGGGGCGUCAAAAAAACGCAAUAGGUGUCCGCAUCAAAGACAAAAAUCAAUGUGUAAGGACUGUGGGGGUGAAGGUAUAUGUGAACAUGAAAGGAUAAGAUCCACCUGUAAGGGCUGUAAGGAUAAUCAGAUUUGCCCUCACCAAAGGGUGAGAUGGCAGUGUAAGGAAUGCGGGGGUAAUGGUAUUUGCAAACAUCAAAGGCGAAGAUCAAUAUGUAAAGAAUGCAGGGGCGGGAACAUAUUCCAUCAUGAAAAAUAUAAGCUCCAUUGCCUCAUUUGCGAUCCUGCCGGACAUCUCGCCAAUGUUGUACGCAGCCGGAACCACAAGUCUCUAACGAAAAACAAGGAGCUCAGCUCCCGGGAAUAUAUCGGUUGCGACAUGGCUACGCUGCGGACCCAUAUCGAAGCCCAGUUUUCCGAGGGGAUGACCUGGGACCAUUAUGGUAGGGGAUGCACAUUGAUCAUAAGGUACCGAUUAAAUAUAGGGAAAAUGGUGAUUCCCCACCGCUUGACGAGGUGGGGAAAAGACUACACUAUGCCAACACUAAACCUAUAUUGGCAAGCGAAAAUAUAGCCAAGGGUAACCGAU